AUGGAUCCUAUGGAUAUCAACAACUUGCUUACCAAAGAAGGUGAUAAAACUUCUUCAAGCCAUCGUGUAACUUCUUCACUAAUGCUUCCCAAUUGGCGCGAUGAUUUCUUGACGAAAACGGUUUAUCAUACUAUGGCAGAAGUCAAUGAAACUGAUCAAGCCCCCACCGUUGAUCCCAAAACCCCAAACCUAGACGAUUCAACAACAUCAUCCCAACCAAAGCCCGAACAAAUCACCACAAUCAAUGUUGCAAUCCCCAUCCCCGAUAUGGGACCGCAACUUCAAGUUGUGGUGGAAGAGUUUAUUCUAAAAAGCGGCUCGGACGAUGACGAAGUGCGUACAGCCGCGAGGAAUGAUCUGAGAGAUUUUAUUGAGCGCGAAGAGAUAGGGAUUACGACGUUGCUGGUUGUGGUUAAGUAUGCUCAUGAGGUUAAGAAUGCUUAUUUGUUGGAUGCUUUUUGUGAAAGGGUGGUGGAUUUGAUCAAGGACAAGAAGGUGGUGGAGGUUAGAGAGAUUCUUGGUAUAGUUAAUGAUUUUACACCGGAGGAAGAACAGGCUCUUCGUGAUGAGCAUCCUUGGGCUUUUGAAGAUUAGGGUUUUUGUUGAAUGUUGGUGGUUUAAUUAUAG